AUGCAGACUGCUUCUACAAACAUUUGUGAAAGACUGUGCAAUAAAUUAAUCUGUGAAAUUUCCUGGCUACUAAAUAUUCCACGGUCAUCUGUUAGUGGGAUUAUAACAAAGUGGAAGCAACUGGGAACAGCAACUCUGUCAUGGGGUGGUAGGCCACAUAAAAUGACAGAGCGGGGUCAGUGUAUGCUGAAGAGCACAGGACAGAGCAGUCACCAACUGUCUGCAGAUUCAAUAGCUAAAAACCUCCAAACUUCAUGCGGCCUUCAGAUUAGCACAACAACAGUGCGUAGAGAGCUUCAUGGAAUGGAUUUCCAUGGCCGAGCAGCUGCAUCCAAGCCUUACAUCACCAAGUGCAAUGCACAGCAUUGGAUGCAGUGGUGUAAAACACGCUGUCACUGGACUUGAG